GCGAUGCAUUGGAAGUUCUUCUUCUUCGAUGGCGAUGGCGAUGGGGAAUGCUGGAUCAGGAGUGAGUCUUCAGCUGGAAGCUGUGAAUCCGGGUAGAGAUGGGGCGUUUCUCGAGGAAUGCGGCUACUUCGCAGUAAGCUACCCUGUUCCUGGGGCUAGGUCUGUCCAAUUUUGCCGAAAGGGGCUACAGUUCAGGCAGAUUUGCGGCAGGAAUGGAGGCCGCAGGGAGAAAAUCCAGAGUAGUGGAGCAAUGGACUGGAUUAUCAACGAGCUCUACAAUCAGCACUUGCGAGAGGAGGCAAACAAUGCUCUUCACGAGGCCAUCGCUUUGCUGCGAAGCUCAGGAGAGAAGGAAAGCCGCAUUUGGAUGGAAUUUAUACACGGGAACUCUCCGGAUUUCUGGAUGAACGAGGUUACUGUCAAGCAGGAGAUCGAGCUCUUUUCUGGAAAGGAGUCCGUGAUCAAGCUGGUUGAAUUGAGAGAAGAGCUUGGAUUCUGGGACCGUGUGGGAUCUUUCAUCCUAUGGUUGAGACAGCUCCAGGAGCAGCUAACGAAUCUAAGGCUCGGUGUGGCUUGCUCCAAGCGAUGGAAAGACUUCCAAGCGGCGUACAUGGCCAGGAUCCAAAGAAUUCUGGUGACGGACUUGAUCUCGAGAAGAGUUUGCUGUCCGGCCAGCAUCAUCUACAAGAAUUUUGAAGAGCAGAUAAGCUGGAGGAGGAGAUCUGGAAGGAGGGGCGACGACGAGUGCUCGGACGCCGAGAAAUACCAUGUCGAGUGCAAAGUUGACGUGAUUUCAUGGCGAGAGCGAUUCAUCAGCGCCACCAUAACCAUCGAAGCUGAUAUAAACCGAGUGUGGGAAGUCCUCACGGAUUACGAGCGGCUUGCGGAGUUUAUUCCCAAUCUCAUUCACAGUGCAAGGAUACCCUGCCCGUAUCCUGGUCGGAUUUGGCUGCUCCAGAGGGGCCUCCACACGGCAAUGUACUGGCAUAUCGAAGCAACCGUGGUUCUUGACUUGGAAGAGUUUCCUCACUUGACUGAUGGGAGAUCCCUCCAGUUCUGUAUGGUUGACGGGGACUUCAAAAAAUAUGCUGGAAGAUGGCUUUUGCAGGCUGGCACGAGGCCGGGAACCACAGAUUUGCACUAUGAAGUCAAUGUGAUUCCCCGUCUUUUACUUCCUGGUGUUUUCGUGGAAGGUAUUAUCAAGUCGGAUCUUCCGGUAAAUCUGCGUGCAAUUGCGGAAAGGGCAGAGAAGAACCAACGCUCCGUCAUCAAAUAUCCUGCAGAUGGCGGCAUGUCGGUUGCCGCUCCAAUUCACAGCAUCGUGUCCAAAGUUACCCAAUCCACUGACACAAAGGUGACAAGCUUCGUGCAAACAGACGACAGGAAAUAUGCUCAGAGAUGGGACAACGAGUCUGUUACCAAAAUCAAGCGUGUUUGCAAGUCUGACAAACAAUGUACUGUCGAUGAAGUGCAUUUGAGACGUCUAAGUGAGGAAGAUGGGCGCUUCUGGAGAGUUGUGGCAGCUGUAACGAUCGCAGGCUCUAUGGAAGACGUAUGGAAUGUUUUGACGUCUUAUGAGACGCUCUCGGAAUUUGUUCCGAACCUCAGCAGCAGCAAGAUCGUCUCACGACACGGUAAUCACGCUCGAGUGCUUCAGGAGGGAUGCAAAUGUUUGUUGUACAUGGUUCUCCAUGCUCGCGUCGUUCUGGAGUUGCAGGAGCUGCCACCAAACGAGAUCACUUUCCAACAGGUAGAAGGUGACUUUGAUGUGUUCAGUGGCAAAUGGACUCUGGAAUCCCUUGGAGCGGAACAUACCUUGUUGAGGUACUCGGUGGACAUGAAGAUGCAUAACGACUUUUUGCUUCCACGGGAGAUCAUCGAAGAGAUUGUUUACGAAGAUCUGCCCGAGAACCUCUGUGCUAUAAGAGCUCGAGUCGAGCUAGGUGACGGCUGCUACAUUGCCAAAGAGAACGUGUCACCGCCACCACCGCCUCCACAGGUUCGAGAGCCCGCCGACGAAAGUUUUAAGAAUCCGAAGCGAAAGCCAGUGCCGGGUCUCCAGACGGACAUCAAAGUUCUGGAACGCGAGCUCGAGGGAUUUGUAGCGAAAGCUGGAAAGGAGAGGGUGAUGCCAGUGAGGGCAGAGCUCCGUAAGAACGGGCGUGUAGACUUGGAGAAGGCCAUUCGUCGUUUUGGUGGAUUCCGUUCUAUAGCAGAGAGGCUCAACAUGAGUCUCGCGUACAAGCGGCGAAAGCCCAGAGGCUUCUGGCAAAACAGUGAAAAUCUUAAGCGAGAGAUUCAGCUGUUCCAAAAGAAGCUCAGGAGUGAUCCCUCAAGGAUGCCGAGCAGGAGAACUCUAGAGCGCGCAGGGAGGUACGACAUAGCCCGUGCUCUGGAGAAGUGGGGAGGACUACACGAAGUAGCAAAAGUGUUGAAUCUCCAGACCAAGCGAAAGCGCUGCUUGGAGGAGCCAGAAGAAGGCUGGGAGGACUGGAGGCCACCAGAGAGUGGCAGCGGCAGCAGCAGCAUCAAUCCAUCGCCAGAGAAAACGAAAAGUCCACACCUAUAGCCCCGAAAGUCGACAAAAGAACACACACACAAACACAGGCGAGCGAGUAGAGAAUAUAAGCCCUUUGGAAGCGUGUUUUUAUCGCCAGUCGCGCACUAGCGAGGUAUAGCACUUGCGGGAGUGCUCGCCAUUCUUCCUCUUUUCUCGUCUAAGAUUCCUGCUUAAACCAGGCAAAGACGGCACAGCAGAGCAACAGACCGCCAGGCUUUCCGCGAGGAAACAGGAAAGAGAAAGAAGGAAGUUUUUCUCCCAAAGAAGGAAUCUAUCCAAAAGCCCACCACCAAUAGCUUCAUCAUACAAACACCAGCUGUUCCUGGGGCGAGCGAGUUUUUUAUACAGCCCACGCCGGGGGGGAAGAAGAAGCUUUCAAUCAAUCAAACACAUCCCUCUCCAAAAGCACUAAAAAAAAGAGAGAAGAAAGGUGGUGGUGGUGAGCAAGGAGUGUUUGCGAACAUUUCUCCUGUAGUCUUGCGCGUGAGCUCUCAAACCAAACUGGAAUUAAUAUCAAUCACACUUCCACAA